GCCAACAGGGUGGGGAAUAAUCGAUUCGUUUAUAUCGCGCACCCCCUCACCACCAUCCCCAUUCUAAGAACACCAAACAAAGCGCGCUGUUUGCGGCAAUCCAAUGCAAACAGUCCGCUCGCGAAGUCCAGCGCAAAUUUUGGCGCGCUCCAAUCGCAGCUAGACGUCGUAUUCCUUUUGGGAAAGUUUUUACGCGUUAGAAUUGCCGUGAAUCAGAAGUGCACUGCAGCUCACACGUCUUGGAUGCAAUGGAUAAAGCCGGAGAACCGGGAAACGAUAAAAAGCCAGCCGAUACAGCGCUAGGCGCGGUUGUGUUCGUAUCGGGUGACCCUGAACAGGAGUCACCCAAGAAACUCUCAAUUGUUGUUAAUUGGAAGAAGCUGAUAAGCCUCCAAGUGGUGCUUAUGUUGGGUCAAGUGAUCAUCGGAAUCACCAUUCUCGCGGCGAUUUCAACGGAGCCCUUCUGGAAACAUUCCUCGACCGAGUGGAAAGCGCUCAUUUUUGUGACCUACAAUGCCACCGCCGUGACCGUGUUGCGACUGAUUGAUGCUAUCGUCGGAGGUCAGCCUGUGCGAAGGUUGUUCGUGCUGCCAGACGGGGACAGGCUGGAGCUGUGGUUUGUUGGGCUGGUGGCGUUCUUGCUGCACCUGUUUUCUUUCUUUGUUACUGGAUCUAGCCUAGUGGCGACCAUCGGUGGAUAUGUGGCUGCCGUGUUGUACUUCGCCGAUUGGUGUCGAAUGCAUCGGGUCAGGGCGAGUGGAUCUGCGGGAGCACAGGGGAACCCAGUUGUGGUUGGUUCUACCUGAAGUGGAUGCUGAACGCAAAGGAAAUGGAACAAAACACGUGUUUGGAAGAUUAUUUGCACAACUAAGACGUAAAAGUAACACUUUCCCAUGUUUUUAUAUGCAUUGUGGUUAAACCUCGUCUUUUGAUGUAUAACGUCUGUACUUCUACAUAUUAUUCAACCAAUAAAUAAACUUCAAUGUGAUUUUUACGCACUU